GGAUAGGUGGGGCGUUAGUGGUGGGUUGCUUUGUCCUUCCGGAGAAGGCGGGAGGUGGGGGAGGAAGACAUCCACCGGCCCGAAUGAACGAAGAGGAGAGAGGUUUCUCUGCGGUGAAAUCUGCCCUGCACCCUGGCACUGCUAAAGCCUCCUACUUCUGAAAACAGCGCUGAGAACCAGGACGCAAACAGAGUCGUUCAGGACAAAGCUGGUCUGGUGGAACAGCAGGUGGAACAGCGAGCUCUUAUUUGGUUCAUGUUGUUCAGCUGGCACCCUUCCCUUUGAAAAAUCACACCUUCGAGAAACAAGGAAACCCACCCCAGCAUAACGCUGGGGCCUUUGCAUGAAACAUGCCUUGUGUUGGGUAGUAAUCACAAAGGUGUGCACUGAAUGAAAAUCUGAAACUGCAAUCAGUUUGCAGAGGUUACCUGGAGGAAUAAGAACAUAUUAAGUAGAUAAUAAAAUAACUUCGCUAUGAUGCCAUAGGGAGGGCAAACUGUCAGAAAGAAAAAAAAAACCAUACUUGAAAGGACUCAGAGGCUGAUUCACAGACAGGAAAGGUAUGUGUGAUGCCUGUAUGUACCUGUGAACAUAUCAAAACACUUGACAGGUCUAACCCCAGCUUAUGCACAAAAGCACAGGUCAUUUUACAAGAAGUUCAUACCCUACUUUUUAGGAAACUGCAUAAAAGCAUUUGCAAAGCCAGACCCUGUGCAAAGCCAACCACUCUUAUCGGUACUGUGUGCAUAUUUCCAACCUCCCUGCACUGCCUAAGGUACUCUGCAAUCAAAGCACAACUCUAAAGAGCUGAAGACAACUGGGGAAGCCUAGUGGAACGCUGAAAUCACAGCCUGCGCCCCCCCCUCCCCCAACAACUGUGCUGCCCACCUCCGCAGCUCUGACGGGAAAGUUUUCCAUCCCCGUGAACGUGUUCCUUGGGGAGGUUCUUGCAGUGCUCAACCCCGCGUUCCUGCAGUGCUCAACCCCGCAUCCCUGCCGUAGCAUCCCAGUCGUGAACGUCCCCCGCGGCCGCCCCGCGCCCCGCCUCGUACCUGUUCAGCCUCGCGCCACCCCCGUUCGGCCCCGUGCCACCUCCGUUGGCUCCCGUGCUGCGCGGCCGUUGCGCCCUGAGCCGCCCCCGCCGCCGCCCCGCUGCUCAGUUCACGUCGCUGCUCAGUUCACGACAUGGCGCGGCCGCUGGCACUGCUGGUGCUCGUCCUCCUCGCCGGGCUCCUCUCGUGUCCCGGUGCCAUGGCCCGCUACGCGCCUGACUGCGCCAAGUAUGGGAAGUAUGCGUGUCCAAGGGACUACCAUCCAGUCUGUGGCACUGAUGGAGAGACCUAUGGAAACGAGUGUGUGCUCUGCCUUGCUAACAGUGAAGAUCACACGAAUAUAGAAAUUCUCCGAAGUGGACAUUGCUGAUAGGACAGUUGGCCACUUUUCAAGAAAAUAAGAGGGUCACAGACAAUCCAAAUGGAAACAAUGCCUUAAGUGUAUCUUCUGUGUAGCCUGUCUUAAUAAACAAGCUUGCAUAUUUAAAGUAUGUUUACUGUAUUAAAACCAGUGAUUGUAAACAUAUCUGUGGUACAGUUGUAACCUGAA